UGCACUUUUGUAUAAAAAUUGCAUUAAAAAAAAAUCUGAAAAUCCGGCGGAGAAAAUCUUUUUAUCUUUGUUAACCUAGUGUUAACCUAGUCAAAACUAGUCAAAAUUUUUUUCCUGUGCGUACGAUAAUUUUUACUAAGAACCCGAUAAUUUUACGGCACUGUGUCGAUCAGCAAGCAAAAGCUUCUGGGAUCACUGUAUGUGGUUGACACGUUGAAUAACGUCAACGAUUUAUAAUGUAGUAGUAUGUGCAAAUUAUCGUCAAUUUAAUAACCUUAACGCUAUCGUUGAAAGGAUUAAUAUUAUUUUAUGAUAAAUGAUACUCGAAAAAGAUUUGUUUAAAGUUUCUUUCGUUACAAUGUCAAGGUAGAUUAAUUAAUUUUACAUAUUAGGGGAGGUUAGGCUAUCGUUAAGCUGUCGUGCGAUGUAAAUUUUGGAGGCCUAUUUAAUACCAAGUUUCUUUUGAGAUGCCAAAAUUCAGGAUGCUUCCGCGCACAUCGCGGAUCGUUGCACUUUGUUCCGCUGCGAAUUUUAUUAAUGCAGCCGAUCGAGUUAUCAUGCCGAUAGCAAUCGUUCCUAUGACCGAUGAAUUUAAAUGGAAUCUUCAUUGGCAGGGUUGGAUAUUAUCCGCUUUUGCGUUUGGUUAUUUUACUAGUCAGAUUAUUGGUGCAAGUAUAGUAAGUCGUUUUGGUUGUAAAACAGUACUAAUGUUGGCUGUUUUAUUAUGGUCUAUAAGUACCGUAGUAACACCAAUCUUGGCACAAUCUGUUCCAUUGCUUAUCAUCUGCAGAGUUAUUCUUGGUCUGGGCGAAGGAUUAGGCUUGCCAGUGAUAUUUCAUUUAUUUGCGCAUAGUGUACCUAUAGAAGAAAGGUCAAGAGCGUUUGGUUAUCUCGUAGCUGCAGGUUCUGUUGGUCAAGUUGUUGCAUCUGUUAUUUGUCCUAAUUUGUUCUGGCAAAGUGGAUUUUAUUUAUUUGGUAUUAUUGGAAUUGUAUGGACUUUGUUGUGGCUAUUAUUAUAUCAAGAAACUAAUUCUCAGGAUGAAAUUCCUCUCUUCGUACCAAAGGUGACACAAAAUAGAAACUUACGCUGGACUGAAUUUAUUACCCAUUGGCCUUUAUGGGCUUUGUAUAUAGCACAUUUUGCAAUGAAUUGGAGUAAUUAUAUAAUUAUGCAAUGGUUGCCUACUUAUUUGACGAGAAAUAUAUCUGCUAAUAAAGAAAGCAUAAGUUUAACGGCACUUCCAUAUAUUGUCAAUUCUCUUGUUGGUAUCGUUGCCGGACAUAGCGCUGAUAAUCUUAUACAGAAAAGAUGGUCCGUCUUAUCUGUAAGAAGACUGAUGACAAAUAUAGGCUUAAUAGGACCAGGAGCGUUUUUAUUAGCAUUUUGUGCAGUGGAUAAUUUACUCGCUGCAGUAAUUUUUAUUUCUAUAUCAAUGGGACUUUGCGCAUGCAAUUCUUCUGGACAUCUCAGUAAUCAUGCAGAUAUAGCACCAAAUCAUGCAGGCAUUACUUUUGCUGUAUCAAAUACUAUCGCCACUAUACCUGGUAUUCUUUGUGGUCCAUUAACGGCUGAAUUAGUAACUGCUUCUCAUGGUCGAUGGAUGCCAGUGUUUGUAUUAGCUGCAGCAAUUAAUUUCACAGGUGCUAUAAUAUACCAAAGCCAUAGUUCAGCACUUCCAGUAUUGUGAUAUGAUCAAUUAUAGGAAAAAUUAUCGAUUGUUCCGUGAAAAAGAAUAGCUUGUGAUGUUUAUUUGGAUGUGUAUAUUUGCAUUGAGAUUGUAGUAUAUAAAAAUUAUAUACGCAGAGAUAUAUAGUUUCAGAAUCUUAGCAUAUAUAGGUCCGACAUGGCAUAUAUACAUUUAUUAUAUUACAUAGAAACCACUGAAAAACAUAUCAAAAUAUAAGAAAUAUAUAUUUUAACAAACUCGAAACACUAUAAAUAAAUGCAGUGUGAAAAGUGUUUAGUGAUGACUAUUGUAAAAGCGAUGAAGACAGUGCCAUUUUUGAUGCAUAAACUGGAAUUGGUUAAGACUCAUGACGAACAUGUAUGAAUCUAAAAUAACAUACAUAAUCGUCUUUAAUUUAUGCAUCA